AAGACGAAUUAUUCCUCGUUGUAACUAAGGAUAAACUGCAAAAGAGUGGAAACGACUGCAGGAUGAUGGCGACAACAAAUAUAACGGGAAUCAACAUUCUCCUCUCCAUCACAGCAACUCUUGGGAAUUCUCUUAUCCUUGUUGCCCUUCACAAGGAAUCUUCUCUCCAUCCGCCAUCCAAACUCUUGUAUCGCUGUCUGGCAACAACUGAUCUUUUGGUUGGUCUCGUUACCCAUCCUCUCUAUGCUACUUAUUGGAUGUCCUUGGUUCACGAACAUUGGACUCUUUGUCGAUACGCGAGGGAGGCAAGCUACAUAACAGGCUUUACUUUGUGUGGAGUUUCUCUGUUUACAAUGGCGGCCAUAAGCGUUGACCGACUUCUUGCCAUGUUGUUGGGACUGAGAUACAAAGAGAUUGUAACUUUAAGGCGUACGUACAUCAUUCUAGCUAUCUUUUGGGUUGUAUGUCUAGUCGCUGGUUUAUCCUCUCAUCUGAAUUAUCGUAUAACCUUUUGGAAUACCCUUAUAAGUAUAUCAUCUUGCUUGGUAAUCUCAGCCGCCUCGUACGCAAAGAUUUUCCGCGCUCUCAGUCAUCAUCGAGCUCAAAUACAAGAUCAUGCUCAACAACAGCCGAGCCGACCAAAUGCACUGAACAUGGCGCGAUACAGAAAGGCAGUCUACAAUGCGCUGUGGGUGCAGUUAGCUUUAAUUGUCUGUUAUGUGCCACAAUUUACAGUGAGAAUUGUGAUCUUUCUUAGUGCAAAGAGAUUUUCGAAUUUCUUCUUAAUCUACGGAAUGGCAAUUGUCUUAAUGUUCUUUAACUCUACUUUAAACCCAUUCCUUUUCUGCUGGAAGAUAAGUGAAGUGAGACGAGCAGUAAAGCAGACAAUCAGACAAGCAAUCUGCUAUGCAUAGGGAUAGACCUAUUUUAACGUUGGCAUGUACUGUUUCUUCCAUAGGUAAUUUGGAAAUUGUCAUAUCUUUGAGUUUGAAACCGAUUAUCGAAUUUCAUCAUAAUCAGGGGCAUGGCGAAUGUUUUAGUUUUCUUUAAUGUGACUUUAAACCCGUUUCUUUACUGUUAAUUUUAAAAGCACUUUUCUUGCCGAAUUUGAAUAUUCAUGAAUAUUACGUGACUCUAUCAUAGGCCGUGUAAACACAGAUGGUCUUAUGAGAAAACACUCUCUCAAUUCAUGACAAUCGAGUGCAAAAGUUGCUAUAACGCGCUCUUGAGUACCUACCGCUGCUUUAUUAAAAAUGG